AUGUCGCUUCUAGCCGGCCUUAAGUUCGUCAAGAAGCCACCUCCUGGCGCCGAGAAUGGGGGGGAGGGAGGGGGUAAUAGUCCCGAGACGGUGGAAGGGGAGAAGCAGAAGGGCGAGAAGGAGCGGCGCCACAAGGAGAAGAAGAAGGACAAACGGAAGGACAAAAAGAAGAAGUCAUCCGGCCACGACGAUGCGGAAGAACCCUCCUCCAAAAGGAGGAAACAUCAGGUAUCGGCAGGGGGCGACGGCGGCAUGGAUUGGAUAGACGCAGCGCUAGCGGUCGGUGAUGGCAAGGGAGGAAGGUCGGGGGAAGGCGAAGAGCCCACGGCUGAGGAAAUUGCGGCGAAAAAUCGCGAGGAGGAGAUCGACCUGGAAGUGGUGAAGGGUCUCAGGGACCCCAAGACCAGACGCAAAUACGGCUUGUACGAUCCCCUCAAGGGCGAACAAGAGGGCGUACCAGCCGGUGCCAGCGGCGGAACCGACGGGGGCACAGCGGGGGGGCUGAGGGGGGGGGUGGGGGGGGGUGGACUGCCCGCGACGUUCUCCCCUCCGAAGUUGACGGGCGUCGGCGACAAGGGUGCUGGUUGGCGAGCGAAGGCCUUGAAGCGGGCACGCGAGAAAGCCGAGAAGUCCGGCCAGUCUUUGGAGGAGAUUGUGGGAGAUAGGUGGGGGUCCCUGGACCAGCUCAAGCGGGACUCCAGGGGGGCAUCCGCAGGUGGUAGGCGUGGGCGAGGGGGUCGCUACGGGUAUCAGCAGGGCCGGGACGAACUCGCUUCCCUGGCGGCGGGAGAGGGAAGGAUAUCCGCGGACGACACCGGGGGUCUUCUCGGCAAGGUCGGAAGGGACGGCAGCAGGGGCGGGCGCGGCGGGCGUCUGAGGAUCGGCCGUGACGCAAACGACACCGACGUCCUCAAGCGGUUCUCGAGCAAGCUGGAAGACGCUCUGGGCAAGAACGACGAGACCCGCAGACACCGGGGGGUGCGUCGUGACGACAGCAAGGAUCGGGAAAGGGGGCCCCGCGGCGGUGGGGAGGGGGGGAGGGGGCCCCGUGGUGACGAAAGCAGGGAUCAGGAAAGGGCGCCCCGCGGUGACGACAGCAGGGAUCGCGAAAGGGGGCCCCGCGGCGGUGGGGAGGGGGGGGGGAGGGGUGAGGACCGUCGCAACGGUGAGGCGGAGAGAGCGGCGCGCGACUGGAACAAGGGCGAGCGUGCCCUCGACGGGGACCGGCGGGAGACGGCGGCGGACGGGGGUGGCAGCCGCUUGGCGGGAGGGAGAGACGACUCGAGGCAUCGUGGCGACAGAAGCGGCCGAGGAGGAGAAGGAGGAGGAGGGUAUAGCUCGGUUGAUGCCGGCGGGAAUCGAAGGGCCGAUGGCGCCGGGGCGAUCGGCGGGAGAGCGAGGCGCGACGACUCGAGAGACAGACGGCCCGGCGGCGGUAUUAGUAGCCGUGGAGAACGGACCUCGGUUCGAGAAGCCGGAACGUCCCGCGAAACUGAUGGUCAGGUUGGCAGCAGGACCACUGCCGUGGGCAAAGACGACGGCCUCUCGAGCAGCGGCGAAGGACGCGGGGGGAGCAGGGAGGAAGCCGGCGCCAGCAGCAGCAGCAAGGACGCGCGCCCCCGAGUCGGCGACGGCGGCGUAGGCGGCCGGCCGGCGGGCGUGGUUCGCAAGACCGCCGCCGCUGCUGCUGUUGCGGUUACGGAGACAGCUGUGCCUUCGACGAGAACCCCCCCCGGCGAUAGGAGUAAGGCGACCGUGCUUGGAAAGACGGCCGGGGUGGUGGAGGAGGGUAAGGCCAAGGCUACCCCAACCGCGAAGAAGCUGCUGACCGAGGCGGAGCUGACGAAGCUAGCCGUCGCGGCGAUGAAGGCCAAGCUUAAGGGGGACAAGGCCUCCCACGCGCGCCUGACGGAGGAGGCUCGUGCCGGAAGAGAGGCGAACGCGGCGGCGGCGGCGGCGGCGGCGGCGGCAGCAGCAGCAGCCCCCUGGAAACCUGGACAAGACAACGACAACGCCGCCGCAGGCGGGACUGUCGGAGGCACUCCUAGUACAACCGUUCGGAAAGGGGGGAAUAAAAAGAAGGAGGAGGGGAGUGAAGGAGACGAGGAGGACGAGGAGGAGGAGGAGGAGUUGGAGGUUGUUAGGUCAUUCGACGAGAACGGGAGGCCUAUCCGGACCGGUGGCGCCGCUCUCAUGAGGGAGGACCUCAGGACCGGAGCGCGAAAGGGCAAGCUAAAGAAGGCCGGGGGCAGGUGGGCCGAACACAAGGACGAGAGCGUGGCGGACUUCGUGCGCCGGGAGCGAGAAGAGGGAUUCGAAGACAUGGACGAAACCUUCGUUCGCAAUGUGUCCCGCCUUGGGAGUAGGUUCAAGGGUACCGAGCUUGGAGGGGCGCACACGGGUCUCGCUGGGGAGGACGAGGAAGAAGAUGUAGAUAUGCGCAUGUUCCAGAGGCCGGAAGACCGCAUGACGGCCGUCGCGGCGGCGGAGCGUCAGAAGGCUAAGGCUGUUGCUGAGCACCGCCGACAGUCGGCUGUCACGUCCAGGUGUCCUCUGUGCAUGGACUCAUCGUCGUUCAAGAAGCGGCUGGUGCUGUCGCUGGGAGAGCACACGUACCUCUACCUGGCCACGGGCACCCACCGCCUCUCUGAAGGGCACUGCUACAUCGUGCCGAUACGCCACACACCGGCAUCAACGGCGUGCGACGAAGAGGUAUGGAGAGAGAUCGAGCUCUUCAAGUCGUCGCUGCGGAAGAUGGCAGCAGCGGACGACGACGACGCCGACGGUGCCAACGAGGGCGAGGGCGAGAGCGGCAGCGGGGACAGAAAGAAGAAGCACGGCAGCAGCAGCAGCAGCAGCAAGAAGGCCAAGAAGAAGAGCAAGAAGAAGAAGAAAUCGUCGUCGAAGGGCGGACAUCACGACAGCGAUAGUGACGAGGGUGACAGCGGCGGCGGCGGCGGCGGCGGCGGUGGUGGCGGCGUUAUUUUCCUGGAGACGGGGGGGAAGCCGGGCUCCUCAGCGGCAAGACACGCCUUCAUCGAAGCCGUCCCCGUACCGAGAAACGCCUCGUUGGACGCCCCCAUGUACUUCCGACAGGCACUCAUGGACGCCGGGGACGAGUGGUCAACGCACAAGAAGUGUAUUCCCUCCGACCCUCGCAGGGGGGGGAUACGGCGGGCGGUCCCCAAGGGGUUUCCGUUCUUCCAUGUGGAGUGGGAGGACGGGGGUUACGCGAACAUCAUCGAGGGGGAGGAAGCCAACUUCCCCCGCGACUUCGGCGUUGACACUCUGGCUGGCAUCCUGGGGAUCGACCCCCCUAGCUUCGGCGGCAGAGGGAGGGGCCGGGGGGCCGGUAGGUGGGGGGGGGGCAGCGGCGGCGCAGCGGUGGAAGAGGAGAGGAAGCUGGUGAUGGCGUUCCUUGAGAAGUGGAAGGCUUUCGACUGGACUUCGGAGCUGGACGGUGGAGAGUACCAAGAAAGUGGUGCGGCGUGA